AUGAAUUUCCUGUUGUUACUAUUUCUGGUGUUCUUUGCACCCCUGCUGCUAUUCCUAGCCUGGCUGGGUCUCUCAUCCUGCCUGGGGGAUCGCCUGCGGGCCUACUUCUCGGCGUCUUCAGCUGGUCCGGGCAUGGACUCGUAUGGACGAGACUAUUUCCGAGGAAUGGGCAACACCGGGUCUGCCAUGUCCGAACAGAUCGAGCUGGAGAAUAUGCUGGACGACUUGGACUCGGAUCAUGAGGAAUGA